CAUUAUUUGAACUUCGGGAGACAUGACCAAGUCCAGUGAUAGUAAAAAGGUUUCGAGUCAGUUGAACGAAACUGAGCAGAACUUCUUACGUGCAGCUCGCGCUGGAGAUCUGUCAAAAGUUGUAGAACUUUUGAACGCUGGUGUACACAUCAAUUUAUCCAACUCGAUUGGACUUACUGCACUUCAUUUAGCCUCAAAAGAAGGUUAUGUUCAUGUUGUCGAUGAGCUACUCCGACGUGGAGCAGAUUUCGAUGCUCCUACUAAGAAAGGAAAUACAGCACUUCAUAUCGCAAGUUUAGCUGGUCAUUUCGAAGUUGUCAAGCUACUUUUGGAUGCUGGUGCCAAUAUAAAUCGUCAGUCAGUUAUUGGAUUUACCCCAUUGUAUAUGGCUGCUCAAGAAAAUCAUCUUAAUGUAGUUGAUCUUCUACUUCAACGUGGUGCAAACCAAGCAUUAACUACUGAAGAUGGUUUCACUCCUUUAGCAGUAGCCUUACAACAAGGACAUGAUCGUGUUGUGGCACAUCUUCUAGAAAGAGAUUCACGUAGUCGAGGUGGCAUGCCAGCUCUACAUAUUGCAGCACGAAAAGAUGAUGCAAAUGCUGUGAGUUUGUUAUUGAACAAUGCAGAAGUUAAUGUGAAUCAUCAAUCUCAACCUGGUUUCACUCCACUACAUAUUGCUGCUCAUUAUGGUAACGUGACUGUAGCACGUGUACUUAUUGAACGUGGGGCAGAUGUAAACUUUCAAGCCAAGAAUAAUAUCACACCAUUACAUGUGGCUGCUAAAUGGGGUCGUGGUGGAAUGGUCCAACUACUUUUGAAUUCGAAUGCCUUAGUUGAUUGUCGUACACGUGAUGGUUUAACACCAUUACAUUGUGCAGCUAGAUCUGGCCAUGCAGAAUUAGCUUCACUGUUGAUGGGUGCUGGUGCAAAUCCUUCAGCUAAAACAAGGAAUGGAUUAACUCCAUUGCAUAUGGCAGCACAAGGUAAUAAUGAAGAAGUUGCUCGUGUAUUGAUUCUGCGUGGUGCUAGUGUAGCUGACAGAACAGGAGAUUCUUUGACCCCACUACAUGUGGCUGCUCAUUGUGGUAAUACAGAAGUGGCACGUGUACUCUUAGACAAUGGAUGUGAUGUGAAUGCACGUGCUUUGAAUGGUUUUACUCCAUUGCAUAUUGCUUGUAAGAAACAAAAAAUUCGAGUUAUUGAACUACUUCUUCAGUAUGGUGCACAAAUCAAUAUGACUACUGAAUCUGGCCUAUCUCCAUUACAUGUGGCAGCAUUUAUUGGUGGUCCAGAGAUUGUUCAGUUAUUAAUACAACAUGGUGCACAUGUGAAUCAAGCUACAAUGCGUUGUGAAACAGCAUUACAUUUAGCUGUACGUAAUCGACAAGUUAGUGUUGCUGAAACACUUAUCUAUCAUGGUGCAUCGGUAAAUGCUAAAGCUAGAGAUGAACAAACACCGUUGCAUGUGGCGUGUUUAACUGGGACACCAGAAUUAAUUAAUGUAUUGUUAUCAUGUAAAGCUAAUCCGAAUCUACCAGCUCGUGAUGGUUAUACAGCUUUGCAUAUUGCAUCUAAAGAAGGUCGUCAUGAUUUGUUAGGUCAAUUGUUAGAAGCUGGUGCUGAUUUAAACGCUCGUACGAAGAAAGGUUUCACCGCUCUUCAUUUAGCCGCUAAACGUGGUCAAGUCAAAGUAGCUAAACAAUUAAUUCAAGCACAACCGAAAAGUGUUAACGCUAUCGGUCAGAAUGAUUUAACUCCUUUGCAUAUUGCUACACAUUAUAAUCGUUUACCUGUCGUACAAUUAUUAUUGGAUAAUAAUGCACAAGUAGAUUGUCGAGCUGGCAAUGGUUAUACGUCGUUACAUAUGGCAGCUAAACAAAAUCAUUUAGAUAUUGCUACACUUUUAUUGGCUCAUGAAUCUGACCAAAUUCAAAUAGCAAAUUCAUCAUCACGUAGUGGGUUCACACCAUUACAUUUAGCUGCACAAGAAGGUCAUACUGAUAUGGUUUCAUUACUACUACAACAUGGAGCUGAUCCAAAUCAUCAGUCGAAAAAUGGUCUUGCACCACUACAUUUAGCUGCUCAAGAAGAUCACGUGUCAGUGGCACAAAUUUUAAAAUCCGCUGGUGCUAAAGUUAGCCCUCUAACUAGAGCUGGUUACAGUCCGUUACAUACAGCAUGCCAUUUUGGACAAAUUAACAUGGUACGCUACUUAUUAGAUUUACCCGAUGCACCAGAUAUUAAUCAACGAACACAAAUGGGUUUUACUCCGUUACAUUUAGCUGCACAACAAUGUCAUUCACAAGUGGUUCGUUUACUCCUAGAAAUGGGUGCUGACAGUAAUGUUAGAAAUCAGCAAGGUCUGACACCAGCACAUAUAGCACGUAAACAGCAUUAUGUCACAAUAUUUGAUAUUUUAAAAACUGUCACUACAACUGUCGUCAGUUGGGAGGAGGAACAUGAAGAACUUGAUCAAACGCUAAUGUUAGAACAUCCAGAUUUUAUGCGUGAACAUCCAUUUACAGAAUUAGAUGAAGAUGGUGUUGCACCUUCACCAUCAAUUUCACAUCGGUUAUCAACAUCUAAUAAGAAACUAAAAUCAAAUGAAGAUGAUAAUUAUUAUUCAUCUGAUGUUACUGAACAAAAGAGUCAUACUGGUCUGUUCAAUUCAGCUUUUGAUAGUACAAUAUUAGCUGAAACGGAGAAUGAUGAUAUUUGGGGGCAAUUAGAGUAUAUGCAUUCCACUUUGAGUGAUGAGAAUACAAAUGAAUUUAUCGCUACUCAAACUAGUUCUGUCUUGGAAACUAUCUCCCCAAAAUCUGUGCAAAAUACUGAAGUUCAAAUGUUCGGAGAAAGUGGUCAACCUGAUGGUGAUUGGGAUUUGGAAGUAGACAAUAUGGCGGUUAUUAAGAAGCCAAUUAAUACAGGAUUUUUAGUUUCAUUCAUUGCGGAUGCUCGCGGAGGUCUAAUUCAAGCAAGACGUUAUCCUGAUCUUAGGAUAUUUAUUCCUCCAAAUGUUAUCAAUGGUCCACUUCGUAUUGUUUGUCGUCUAGUUCAUCCUGAUCGCAUGAAUUCACCACCAAUUAUGAAUGAUGGUGAUGGUUUAGCCUGUCGGUUACUUGAAAUCGGACCCGCUGGUAUACGAUUCGCUUCACCUAUUCUCUUUGAAAUACCGCAUUAUGCUUUUUUAAAUGGGAAAAAUCGUGAGAUUGUUAUCCUCCGUUCAGAUAAUGGUGAAACGUGGAAGGAGCAUCCAUUGGAUGCUACAGACCAAGCUGUUCAAGACACUUUGAAUGGACAUUUUGAUUACGCUGGAUCAUUUGAAGAAUUACGUGCUAAGUCAAUACAUCGUAUUUUAACAUAUGAUCUACCACAAUAUUUUGCACUUAUUACACGUAUCAAGCAAGAAUUAAUUUUAAUUGGUCCAGAAGGUGGUACAUUAACAUCUACAGUUGUACCAGACGUACAUGUUCGUUUUCCUCAAGGUGCUUUACAAAAACGUAUACGUGUUGGUUUACAAGUACAUCCAGUUGAUCAUGAGCUUGUAACAAGAAUGCUUGGUCCACGUGUCUCUGUAUCACCGAUUGUAACAAUUGAACCACGCAGACGUAAAUUUCAUAAACCAAUUACCUUGACUAUACCAUUACCAAAAACAGCUAUGUCAUCCUCUAGCGGUGUUGCUGACACUAAAUCUCGUUCAACUAUCGAUUCACCUAGUCUUCGAUUACUGUGCUCGAUUACGGGUGGGACAUCACCUGCUGUUUGGGAGGAUAUUACUGGUAGUUCUCCGUUAUCUGCACACGAUCUUUCUGUUUCAUUUACAUCUACAGUAUCUGCAAGAUUGUGGCUCGUAGAUUGUCCUAAUAUUACUGAAGUUGUUGAAUUAGCCAGUCGUGUUUAUCAUGAAUCAUUGGCAGUGCCUUAUAUUGGGCAGUUUAUAGUGUAUGCUCGUAGAUUUCAUCCUGAAGAAGCUCAAUUACGUUGUCUUUGCCUUACUGAUGAUUCGGCAGAGAAAACACUUGAACUACAAGAAGGAUUUCAACUAAUAGCCACUGGACCAUGUAUUGAGGUUCUUGAUGAUCAUCCACAUUGGAUUGAAACAGCUGGUAACUUAGUACCUGUUGCUAAAACUGAAGAACAAUUACAAUUGGGAAUGCAUGCGUUCCGUGAGAAUCGUUUGAAUAUGAUUGUACGUGUGAAAGAUUUAUCACAGCCGGCUGUUGGAAAAUUAGCGUUUAUGCGUCAUCCUCGAGCUGUACUACAAUCUGCUGGGUCACCUGUAAAACCGGCAACAGUUCUAGAGGCUAAAUUACCAGACGAAUUUACUGAUUACAUGACUGAUGGUGUAUUAAAAACAACUGAUAUUGAUGAUAUGCCACCUUAUAUUCCAGAAUAUAAUCAAAAUGGUGGUCAAUACACCACAUACAAUGAAUCGUUGCCGCAAACAUGGUCAAAACAAGAUCAUUACGAUGAGCCAUUAGCUAAAUCUGAGCUUGAUUUACGACAAGUUGCUUAUCAUUUAAAAUCAGAUUGGAGAAUAUUAGCUCAAUGUUUAGGCUUGUCUGAUGAAGAUCAGUAUAAUAUUACUUCUUUGCCUAAUCGUCCUGAAGAAGAAUAUGCAUAUACUAGUUUAUUGUUGUGGCAAGAACGUAAUGGGAAUGAAUUAACUUCGGGUACGCAACUUGCCGAAGCACUACAAGCUAUCGGUCGUAAAGAUAUAUUGGAAUAUUGUAUGACUAACAUUUCGCCUGUAAUAACAGCUGAUGAACGGGUUACUGCUUUACGUUCAUUGAAUGCCGUUUCGCCCAAUUUAAAUAUUAAUCGUGAAAAUCGAUCUCAUUCAAAAGAUGGCAGUGGUGGUUUAAGUGAAUCAGUUGAUACGGGUUAUGGCACACAAACCGGAUCUACCACACUAAUACCAACAACACCAGUGAUUACAAAGACAAUUUCAUCAACAAUCCAUACACUACCCACUUCAAGCAAUGUAGAUAAUUCUAAACAUUCUGAGCAAGAAGUGGAGCAAGAAAUCAUACAACCAGUUACUGUGACCACUGGUCGAAUUUAUUCAGGGUCACUACCAUAUGUGGGAAAAUCUAUUACUGAUGUUACCGAAGACAAAUAUGAUGUAUUAAAAGGAGUUGAAAAUAUUCUGGUUGAUAGUCAACAUUCAUCGACCAUAGAAGAUGAUAAAAUAAAUUCCACUUCUACUGGACCUCCAGUCAAUGAAGAAAUAGUCGUCCCUACUCAAAUUAAUCGCACUGUUCACUUAAAUCGUACAGACGAUACGACUAAUAAUAGUAAUAAUAUUCAUAAACAAAUUGAAAAAGAUAGUGAUUUAUCAAGCAUUUAUCCAGAUGUCUCCAGUGAUGUGGAGUCAGAUUUAUCGCAGGCUACAGAAAAACACAUUUUCAUUAAACAGCACAAACAGUUAUUCAGUGAUUCAUUAUCUCAUCCUAACUGUGAGAAAUCGACUGACGAUGUACAGUCGAUAGUAAGUAAAUCACUCGUUGAUAAAGCAGAUAAUGAACAAGCUCCAGAUGAUCAUCAUUUUGAGUCAUGUGAACAAGAAAUUUGUGCACAUCACUAUCAAAGAUGUGGUGAACUUGAAGCUACAUGGGGUAAAGGUGCAGAUCAAGAUGUUCCAUCUUGCGAAACUAGUGGAUUUCAUGUAGAUAAAACACAUGAAAAACAAGUUUGUAAAACCGUAUUAGAUGAAUCAAAUGAAGAGAAGAUUUGUGCAUAUCACUAUCAAAGAUGUGGUGAACUUGAAGCUACAUGGGGUAGAGCUGCUGAUAGUAGUACUAACAAAGUACAAACUAGUGAAAAACAUGAAGAAAUGUUGUCUAUCGCAUCGGGUAUUGUACCAUCUGAGCAGUCAGAGUGCACAUAUCAGUUGUCUGACGAAACCGAAAUUACAUCAAGUAAACCUAAACCAGCAAAUACAUUUUCGAUUGAAGAUACAAUGCAGCAACCAUCAUCAUCAUCGUCACAAGAGAAAUUAACAAAAACAAUCAUCAUUUCAAAACACACAAAAUCAGAUAAAGGUGAGUAAAUGACUUGAGGAAUAUUUAUACAAAUAUGGGUGUGGUACAUAGUAUAAAACCAUCCCGUUAACUGUUCAGUGUGUCGUGGAUAUAUAUAUACCAUAUUGUGUCAUUGUUUUCCUUUCUAUGUUAUUUAAACCGUUUUCUUUUUUUCGAUUUGAAGUACUUUGUUGAAUAACUAUAGUUAUUACUCGCACUUAUAGUGUUAUAUGAUGGAACAUUUCGUAUUUAGUAGUAAUAACCAUAGCUUUAUUUAUAUUUAGAUAUAAAAAAGGUUUUGUGUUUACCUUUUCUGUUUCGAAUGAAUUGUUUUUUUUUCUGAAAGAAAAACACAGCUGAACUUUAAAAUAAAACAAUAUUAUGGAAGGAAAAUAUCGUACAUUUGAAAUUUACUGUUAAAAAGCAAUAAAAACUACGUUUUCAUUGUAAACUGUUGAUGUUGAUGAUCCUUUAUCAAAGAAUUUAUUCGUUCAGUUGUUGUGGAAUAGUUUUUAUAUAAAUAUAGUUUUACAGACGUGAACGCAUAUCACAGACUUGGACUAAAGACUGUUAUUUAUAAUCUAAUUUUUCAACAAGCCUUCCCAUGUAUUUUUCUUGUUUGUUUUUCCUGGUUGUGUACUAUCUCUGCUUGUUCAUAAUAAUAAAAAUACAACAAGUAAUUUUUUUUCAAUCCAAUCUUACAGUUAGUCGGCUUUUUUUUGUUCUGAGCAUGUUUACUUGGAAGCAUUCUUUGUUUUUUGUCUGUCACCAAGUGGGGGAAAAACCUUGUAGAAAUUGUCACUGAAUUACGUAAUUCUAUGCACUUUCUCUAUUGUUUUUUUUUUUACGUCACUAAAACAAAACAAAAAAUAACCAAAAACUGACUCUGUAUGUUUUUUCUUUGUAUUAGUUGUAUCAGCUACAAUUGUUUUGUGUUUUUCUUAUUCGUUUGUUUUAUAAUAACGUUUUUCCGCAUGUGUAUUUUAUUUCCUUUCCUGUGUUUAUUUAUUAUUUGCAUGUUGCAAAUUCCUCAAUAACACAUUUGGUAUUAUUGCACAAUUAUUUUUUAAGAAUUUAGCUUUGUGCUUCGUUUAAAAAUUAAUUAACAAUUAUUAUCUUUAUUUACUUUCAGUCUUUAUAAAUUGUUCUGUUCGGUAAUACUACAGUAUAUAUGUGUUUAAUCCCUCUCCCUCUAUGUAUGCUACGCGUUAUCAUCAAUUGCUAUUGUAGUCAUUAAUACUAUCAUAAAUUGUAAUUUUUCUUACCUUCUGUAGUCGUAUGAUCAGGAUGCUUUUCUGUCCUCUUUACAUGGUGGAUUUAACUCCACUGACGUAAUUGUUUGUUUGUAUCGAGUUAAAAGUCUGAAAUUAACUCUUUCCUGAUCGAUUUAAAAAGCAAUAGUUUAUGGUAAUGUUAUUUUUCGAUAGAAUUCACCAUAGCUCGUCUAUGGAAAUGAAAACACUACUUUUCAUGCGUACCAUGAACUAGUGAGUGAGAAGACUGACUAGCACCUUAUUUUAUUCGUUUCCUGGAGUAUACUUGUGUUUUUUAGUUAUGUUUUAAAUAAAGUAGUCUAUAUUAGAUUAACACUUAAAAUUAUGGGUUUCAAAAAGUUAGUAGUCGGUAAACGUCUACUCUAUCGUUGGAUGAUUUGUUCCAGACUACCGAAAUCCCCUGUUAUGUUCUUAGGAAUAUUCUAACCUGGUUGGUGAGAAUACAUAAGACUUGUCAGGUGAAAAGUCAUUUAUAGAAUACUGUACGUCAAAAGUAAGUCAUAUAUUUAUCUUCAGUAAGACAGCAAAGGCGCUUAACUUCCAGAGUCACUACUCGUAUAGCAAGUCUUCUUGGGGUUAUCCGUUUGGUAAUUCUAAGGUCCUUUCCAAAUAUACUUAAGUAAUCUUUUAGACCAAGAGUAACAGUCGUCCUGACAUUCUCCAGCUAUGCUAUGUGUAAGAUGGUUUAUAUGUUGAUCGUAGAAAACGUUGAUUUCACAGUUCAUGAUGCUCUUAAUGUUCAAGCUGAGAAAAAGCCAUAUUAUGAUAUAGUAUUUACUUAUAACUCAUUGACUUUUGGACCAUUCUAGGUUUAAGCUGAGAAUAUAAUUAAAUAAAAGAUUUAGGUCUGGGUAUUUAUAGAUGUUGGCGUCUGUUGAAUCAACAUCAUAUUUCAGCCAAUCCGUUAACAACAUAUUAUGCUACCAACUAAUAGUAGCACGCCACGUCGGAAUUCUAGAACGUUCCAUCAUACUCUGAUUUUCUAGGACCCUUCGGCUCCUUUUGGGCCUCUGGAGGCUCCGUUGAAGUUCUCCGAAAGCCGACUCAACACUAAUACUACCUUAGAACUAAUUCUCAGAUUGCUAGUCUUCAUUUCGUUUCGUUCAACCAGAUUGAUAAACUAUGCUCAGUAGUUUAUCAUCCAUGAAGCAAAUAAUCAGUUCAUAUUGUUAUUCCAUUCAGCCCCUACUUGAUUAUUAUCUAGUUUCCAAUAUAAGCUCGGAAAGCUAUUGUUUUUUUCUUGUCUGUCGUUUAAUUCUUUAUUAUCAAGUCUUAUAACACGGAAAAAGAUAAAUGGCUACUUGAAAUUCUGUUAGUCAAAGCUGUGCGAAUUCCUCUUACCAAGGUAUGAAGGUUACUUUUGUGAAGUUACAUGUGCAACCUCUCAAUACCUACCGUUAUUAAGUUUUUAUGAUACCUACGAAACUUCAAAAAAUAUGGCAAUCAAGAUUGACUGAAACAAAUCCUUUAGUAUACUAGAAUACAAUAAACGGGUAGGGUUUCGAUACAUAUAUCAUAUUCGUCUUCUUGGGAAUAACUGAGGAAAAAAACAUCAAUACCAUGAAGACGGGGUUUCAAGGUAAAUACACCCAAUCACUAAUAUCUCACGUUGGCUUAGGAAAUGAAAGAACUGCGUUUUUAUUAAUCUGUUCCUAGUGUUUGCUCAACACAUUUUUAUGAGAAGUAGGCCAAAUACAUGUUAUUGAUUGAGGAUAGGAUUAAGCGAGUUGUGACUUCUGUUAAAUUAAUUAAGAGUCCUUAAAGAAGAGGACGAAUAUAAAACAACGUACUAAACAUCCAGGCGAGCUGCUAUUACCGUUCGUGGAACAGCAUACGCCGCCCAUCAGAAUUCACCAUGGAACUCUGUCCUGGAACAAUCCUUUCAUUUGCUGUCAUGUACUAUUCGUUCUCCACAUAUCUACCUUCGAUUCUCGACAUCAUGUGUUCUUUAGUGUGCCUCAUUUCUUCUGGCCUUCAGAACUCGAAGUUUUAACUUGCCUCAUGAUGUAAUUUGUUUAUUUGCUCAAUGUAUGUCCUACCCACCUCUAGCGUCUUACCCUAAUUUCCUCUUCAAGUGAAGGCUGGUUAUUUGUCUGUCACAGUAGGUUGUUGCUGAUGAUAUCCGACCAACGGACUUGGAUUAUCUUGCAUGGAUAACUGUUUAUAAAUACUUGCACUUUUUUGAUGAUGGUCGACAAAUUUCCCUGGCACUGAUAAUAGUGUGAUAUCUCUUUAAUUCUCACACUAAAACCUCCCCCCUUUGGUAUCCUUCCCGGUCUGUUGAUACGUGUUUUUCCUUCGAAAUCUUUCUGAAGAGAGUGUGGAGCAUGUUUGUAGUUAUCUCUAUGUCUGACUUAAGUGCUUCAGCUGGUGUGUUGUCUGGUUCUGUUGCUUUCUCAUUCUUGAUUUAUCUGAUGAAUAUGCUGAUUUCUUCGAUUAUUAGCGGGAUAGCAUCUCCAGUAAGUUCUGUGUAGUGUUUCGAUGUCCAAGGUUUUCAGUCUGGUUUACUAUUGUUUCCUGUUAGUUUUUUCGUUGUAAUGUUGUUUCAUAUUUCCUUCUCGUACAGUUUUUACCGCUGUCGUUGUUAACUCUUCCAUAGACUAUCACUUCUCAACUCUAAUACUCUUCUUCAAUCGUUUGUUUGCUCCUGCGUAUUCGGCCUUUGCCUUGGCUUUUUUUGCUCUUGUUCGAUUGCUGUUUAUUACUGUCUUUUUAUUCUCUUUCUUGAUUUGUGUCCAAGGUUUCGAUGUAGAUCCAUUAUUCCAGUGCUUCUUGCAGUUCAACACCUGGCAUGUUGAAGUUAAUACUUCUUUGAACCCUUCCUCGUUGAUCUCCAUAGUGGCCUCCUUUUUAAGUAUAUGUUGUAAGGCUUAAAACUUGUUGCUGAAACCUAUGUUGCAUUGAUUGAGUCUAUCAGUAUCUGGAAGGAAAACCGUAUUAGAUAUUUUUAAUGCUGUUUGUGUAGUUGUCCAGUGUGAAGAAGAUGCCACCAGAGCUAAAAAAGAGAAGCAUCAGACCCCGCUGAAAGUAACGUAUCAAUCCCCAUCAAUAUACUAAAUUCACCCAACACAUGCUCAACUAAACGCGUGACGAUCGGCGCCACAACAUGAGCUCGUAUAUAAACGAACUUAAUAAUAAUUGCUAGUACCCCAGUAUCUGUUAACAGUAAGAAAGAGUGGGUAAGAGUUGAUAAGAGAAAAUAUUUUCAUUAUUAUUAUUCACAAACAGCUCAUUGGUAAACAGUUGUUGUAAAGAAGUUAUUUUUUGUUUCUUCAGAGAUGCAGUAAUACACAAGUCUCAAUAAUAUUAGCAUGAUAUUUGCCAUGUUUAGACAGGUUCUGUGGAAUUGAGGAGAACAUUCAGUUGGCUCCAAAGAAGGAAACGGGAAAAAACGAAGGACGUAAACGUAAAAUGUGAAAGCAACUUAAUAAACGUGUUUGUGAAAACGGAUUAAGAGUAAGAGGCGAUGUGCGUAUUGCCAAAUGAGUAAAAAAGGAAGAAAAAAGGAAAAUAAAUAAACCAACUGCGAAAUAUGUCAUUAUCGCAGUAGGAUUUUACGGUAGAGUGCGAGUUUGUGCAGAAGUAGUUCAGAAUGAUGCUAUAAAAGUUUCAAUUAUUCGGAAAGGAUAAUCUAAUGUCAAUAUGUAUGAGUCGUAUAUACGUGGUGAAGAUUAAAUGAAUCUGAGAAGUUAAUUUAUUUAAGUGUACCGUGAGAUAAUCAGCUUUUAGUUAUAGACUUUGGAUGUUAAGGAAUAAUAUAUGUUUAGAAGGAUAAGAAGAGAUAAAAAGAAUAUCUAAUGUGUUGAGGGGCCAAUAAUGAUAUUAAUAAUAGUAAUAAUUACAGAUAUGAACAUAAGUAGACUUCACACAUUAUGAACAGAAAGGAAAUAAAAUAGACGUGAAAUUCUUCAAAGGUUACAUUUCGCUUUUCAGUCAAUUAGAUGGGUGACGGACCUUAUUUGUAUAAAUCAUUAUUAAACACAUUGAUAUUCAAUAGGUGACACAAUCCACUUUCAGAAAGAAAAUCAUCAAGGAGACUUCUGAACCAGGUUGUAGUUUCACUGCAAGGGAGGUUCACUGGCAGUCUGUUCCACAUGGUUGGGUAGCAAAUAACGAAAAAAUUCUGCCGUAAAUUUGUGUGGGUUCUUGGAAUCGCUAGGAUGUUUUCCUUAUUGAGUAGAUUGUGGGAUGAUAUCAUAGGGUAUGAAAGGGUAGAUACCGAAGAAUAGGAAAUACCGUUAAUAGGCUGGAAGAUUUUAAUUUAACACGUCUGAUUCAGAUAGGUUCUAACUUGAGAUGUUGAAAUCUUUGGUCGUAAUCCUUGUUGCC